UAGAUCUCGUAUGGUAGAACGCGCCAUGGCCACUGCAGUAGUUUCUCACACAGCCUGUUAGCCGGUGAUAAGCAGAGCACAGGUCAGUGUUUCCUUUUGACAAGACUGGGACAGUGAGCGACAGCUGAGGGAAACUGCUCAUCAUGAGAAGUGUGCUGAUGGUAGCGGAGAAGCCGUCCUUGGCUCAGGCCAUUGCCAAAAUCCUUUCUAAAGGAAAUUGUACAAGUCGCAAGGGGCUCAAUGGCGCAUGCUCAGUGCACGAAUACACCGGCAUUUUCCAGGGCCAAACUGUACACUUUAAGAUGACUUCUGUUUGUGGGCAUGUGAUGAGUCUCGAUUUUAUUGGGAAAUAUAACAACUGGGACAAAGUAGACCCUGCAGAACUCUUUAGUAAAGCUCCUACUGAAAAGAAGGAAGCCAACCCUAAACUCAACAUGGUCAAGUUUCUUCAGGUUGAAGCCAGAGGCAGUGACUGUGUGGUUUUGUGGUUGGACUGUGACAAAGAAGGAGAGAACAUAUGUUUCGAGGUGCUGGAUGCCAUUCAGCCAGUGAUGAAUAAGGGAAGUGCCAAGAGUGUUUACCGUGCCAAAUUCAGCUCCAUUACUGACACUGACAUCUGGAAUGCUAUGAACCGCCUUGGAGAGCCCAAUCGCAAUGAAGCUCUGUCAGUAGAUGCACGGCAAGAGCUGGAUCUGCGUAUUGGCUGUGCCUUCACCCGGUUCCAAACAAAGUAUUUUCAAGGGAAAUAUGGCAAUCUAGACUCUUCGUUAAUCUCCUUUGGUCCGUGCCAGACCCCAACACUUGGCUUCUGUGUGGAACGCCAUGACAAGAUCCAGUCCUUUAAACCAGAGACUUACUGGGUCAUCCAGGCAAAGGUUUUUAAAGGAAAGGAGAGUCCACUGACACUGGACUGGAACAGAGUUAGGGUCUUUGACAGAGAGGUGGGUCAAAUGUUUGUCAACCUGGCCAAGACAUCCAGGGAGGCGCAGGUGGAGUUGGUGAGUAAGAAGGAGAAGACCAAGCAGAGGCCUCAAGCCUUAAACACAGUGGAGAUGUUGAGAGUGGCUAGUUCUGCCUUAGGCAUGGGUCCCCAGCAUACUAUGCAGAUUGCUGAGCGCCUAUAUACACAGGGCUACAUCAGCUACCCACGUACCGAGACGACCCACUACCCAGCGAACUUCGACCUGAAGGGAACACUGAAGCAGCAGACCAACAACCCCCUCUGGGCAGAAGAGGUAAAAGCUCUGCUUUCAACUGGAAUAAACCAACCCAGGAAGGGCACUGAUGCUGGAGAUCAUCCACCUAUUACUCCCAUGUGUGCUGCCACGGAAGCAGAACUAGGAAGUGAUGGCUGGCGGCUAUAUGAGUACAUUACCCGGCAUUUUAUUGCCACUGUAAGUCAAGACUGCAAGUACCUACAAACCACUAUAGAGUUCAGCAUUGGCACAGAGGCUUUCUCAAGUAGUGGAAGAACCCUUAUAUCACCAGGUUACACGACUGUAAUGCCAUGGCAGGGCAUCCCUCUGGAAGAGUCCAUACCAGUAUGUGAGCGUGGAGACACUUUCUCAGUAGAUGAGAUCAAGCUGAUAGAAAAGCAAACCAGCCCACCAGACUACCUCACUGAGGCUGAACUCAUCACCCUCAUGGAGAAACAUGGCAUUGGUACUGAUGCUAGUAUCCCAGUCCACAUCAAUAACAUCUGCCAGAGGAACUAUGUGACAGUUGAGAGUGGACGCAAGCUGAAACCAACCAACUUAGGCAUAGUCCUGGUACAUGGCUACUACAAGAUAGAUGCAGAACUGGUGCUUCCCACUAUACGCAGUGCUGUGGAAAAGCAGCUGAACCUUAUUGCGCAGGGUAAGGCCAACUACCAGCAGGUCCUACAGCACGCCCUGGAUAUCUUCAAGAGGAAGUUUCACUACUUUGUUGACUCCAUUACCAACAUGGAUGAGUUGAUGGAGGUCUCCUUUUCUCCCAUUGCUGCUACUGGGAAGCCGCUGUCCCGCUGUGGCAAAUGCCACCGCUUCAUGAAGUACAUCCAGGCCAAGCCCAGCAGACUCCACUGCUCUCACUGUGACGAGACCUACAGUCUUCCCCAGAAUGGAGCCAUCAAGCUUUACAAGGAGCUCCGGUGUCCACUGGAUGACUUUGAGCUUGUGCUGUGGACUUCAGGGGCGCGGGGAAAGAGCUACCCCCUGUGCCCCUACUGCUUCAGCAACCCGCCAUUCAGGGACAUGAAGAAAGGUAUGGGAUGCAAUGAAUGUACCCAUCCAUCAUGUCAGCACUCUCUCAACUCGUUGGGCAUUGGACAGUGUGUGGAGUGUGAUAGUGGAGUUUUAGUGUUGGACCCCACAUCUGGACCAAAGUGGAGGAUGGCCUGUAAUAAAUGCAACGUGGUGGUGCACUUCUUUGAACAUGCACACAAAGUGCAGGUUGCUCAGGAGAGCUGUGAUGUCUGUGAUGCCUCUCUGGUUGCAGUGGACUUUAACAAGACUCGCACUCCUCUUCCUGCCAGUGAGACCCAACACACUGGCUGUGUUUUUUGUGAUCCAGUGUUUCAGGAUUUGGUGGAGCUCAAGCAUGCCACCAUGCGGCAUUCCAUGCACCGUGGUGGGGGUGGGAGAAGAGGAGGACGGGGACGUGGACGUGGACGUCGUGGCAAUGCUAAAAAACCUAAAGAUAAAAUGGCUGCCCUAGCUGCUUAUUUUGUAUAGUUGCUGUGUGUAUUGUGUCCUUUUGCAUGUCAUUACAUGAACUGGUUUUCUUCUGAUAAUGAAUCUAAAUAUGGUAAAUGGCCUGUAUUUGUAUAGCGCUUUACUUAGUCCCUAUUGAACCCAAAACACUUUACACUACAUUCAGUCAUCCACCCAUUCACACUGGUGAUGGCAAGCUACAUUGUAGCCACAGCUGCCCUGGGGCGCACUGACAGAGGCGAUGGUGCCGGAUACUAGCGCCACCGGGCCCUCUGACCACCACCAUUAGGCAACGGGUGACGUGUCUUGCCCAAGGACACAACGAUCGAGACUGUCGGAGCCGAGGCUCGAAACGGCAACCUUCCGAUUACAAGACAAACUACCAACUCUUGAGCCCACAUAAAUAUACAUUACAACAACUGGUAUUUUUUUUUAAUCAUUUUUCCCCAUUUUGUUAAGUGCUUUGAGUGGUCAGGUAAAGUAAAAAAAAAAGAAAAAAAAAAGCACUAUAUAAGAACUAGAACCAUUUGUCAUUGUUACUAAGCACCUAAAAGACACAUUCACAGAGUCACACAUGACUUUAUUCUAUGCACUUUUUAUCUAUUGUUCACACUUAAAGCCGCCACAACAAAAAUCACAUAAAGGCACUUUAUAUUGUCAGGAAAAGGCCCUACAAUACUACAAAGAAAACCCCAACAAUCAUAUCACCCCUAUGAGGAAAUGCUUUGGCGAAAGAAGAAAAACUCCCUUUUAAAAGGAAGAAACCUCCAGCAGAACCAGGCUGCACCAAUAAGCUUAACUAAAUUCAUCUCAAUAUUAAUUUUAACUUUAUAAACUGCUACUGGCAUUGUAAACGGGCUAACAUUUUGUCAUUAUUUAAUCAGCAUUCUCCAAAACAAUUGUGAAAAAGUUUGUCUAUUAUUCUUUUAACUAACCAGUUGUUAUUUUACAUGUAGUUUAAUUACUUGAUCUUCAUUUAAACUAUUUCACUGCAGAUUUUCCUCUUUGAAGAAUUUUUCACAUAAAAGGAAGGUAUAAUUACAGAAUAAAAUUAUAGCAGUCUUACAUUACUAAUGUGUUUAAGUACUGCUUUUGGCAAAAUGAUGAUACAACAUGGGAACAAAUUCAUGACUAGGUGUAGCAGAUUAAUGGCCAACCAACAGACUUAACACACAUGACAUGCAUGCUGCUAAUUGGGGGUAAUUGACUCAUUCAGUGAAAGGGGUGUGUUCAAAUUAAUAGCAGUGUGGAUUUCAGGUCAUUCAAUCUGUGAAGAAAUGGGUGUCAAUUAAGGCCCUUAUUUAAGGAAGGAAGGCAGCAGCUGUUGUACCUGCUGAUUUUAGCCCUUGCUCAGUGAGUAAAAUGAGUUGUUCCAGACAUUGCACUGGGGGAGAAAGAACUUUAAUCAAAAGUUGAUUGGAGAGGGGGAAAUAAUUGGCUGCUCAGCUAAAAAGAUUUCAAAUGCUUUGAAAUGGGAAAGAAAAAGGAAUACUACCAUCUGCCUAGAUGAUAGAAUAACAAGAAUGGCAAAGAAGCAUCCAAUGAUCAGCUCCAGAGAGAUCAAAGAAGAUCUCCAUUUACCUGUGAGUACUUUAACAAUCAGAGGAUGCCUAUGUGAAGCCAAAUUAUUUGCAAGAAACUCUCGUAAAAAGUAUUGAAAAGGUUACAGUUUGCCAAAGAACACACUGACAGGCCCAAAGAGAAAUGGCGCAAUAUUCUAUGGACAGAUGAAAGCAAGAUUGUUCUUAUUGGGUCUGAAGGUUGCAGACAGUUUGUGAAACGACCCCAAACACUGAAUACAAGCCACAGUACACUGUGAAGACCGUAAAACAAGGAGGUGCAAGCAUAAUGGUUUGGGGAUGUUUCGCAUACUUUGGAGUGGGGCCCAUUUAUCACAUAACAGGCACCAUAGACCAGUUUCAGUACCUAAAAGUACUGGAAGAGGUCAUGUUGCCUUAUGCGGAGAAAGAAAUGCCCCUAAAAUGGGUGUUUCAGCAGAACAAUGACCCCAAACACACCAGCAAGCAGGUAACAUCCUGGUUGAGGACCAAAAAGAGCCCAGCCCAAUCCCUGGACCUCAAUCUGAUUGAAAAUUUGUGGUGUGACCUCAAAAAUUCUGUUUUUGACGCAAAACCCGAGAAUACAGAAAAUCUGUGGAAUGUGGUCCAGUUAGCCUGGGCUGCAACUUCUGUUUGCAGGUGUCAAAUGUUAGUUGACUGUAAAUAUUCCAGUUUGUAAAUGAAAAUACACACUGCUAUUUUUUUUAAUUUUUUUUUUUGAACA